AUGCCCGACUCGCCCCCGCGGCGACGCCGCUCACGCUCGCGCUCACCCCGGCGCCACCCCCCCAAAGGCCCCGGCGGAUUCCGCUGGAAAGAGAAACGCGCACCUCCCCGCGACGAUAACAACCCCAAUCACGAAACCGACCGUCCACUUGACCGCGGCUACCGCGCGCGCUCACCUCCUCGCCGGGAUAGCUACAGAGACCAUACUAGCGAUAGAUACGGAGACAGAGACAGAUACCGCCGAGACUACAGCCCCGACCGCGCCAGAGAUAGGGACCGUGACCGUGAUCGCGACUCAACCAAGCCCAAGAAAACCGACAGCGAAAAGAAAGAGAAGAAAGAGAAGAAGAAGAAACUCAAGCCUGCCAGCACGGAGGAAAUGAUCCUUGUGACGGUCAAUGAUCGACUGGGUAGUAAGGCUACGGUGCCGUGUUUGCCGUCGGAUACGGUGGGCGAUUUGAAGGUCUUGGUGGCGGCGCAGAUUGGAAGGGCUCCUAGGGAGAUUAUGUUGAAGAGGCAGGGGGAACGCCCCUUUAAGGAUUUUAUUACCCUUGGUGAUUAUAGUAUUACUAAUGGGGUGCAGUUGGAUUUGGAGAUUGGGACGGGGGAUUGA